UCGGCGCGCGCGGCCAUGGCGGUGUUGGGCUACUGGGACAUCCGCGGCCUCGCCCAUGCCAUCCGCCUGCUGCUGGAGUACACCGAGACACCCUACGAGGACAAGCUCUACAGCUGCGGGGAAGCUCCCGACUACGACAAGAGCCAAUGGAUCAACGAGAAGGAGAAGCUGGGGCUGGACUUCCCCAACCUCCCUUACUUCAUUGACGGCACCACCAAGCUCACACAAAGCAACGCCAUCAUGCGCUACAUCGCCCGCAAGCACAAGAUGUGCGGUGAGACGGAGGAGGAGAUCCUCCGCGUGGACAUGCUGGAGAACCAGAUCAUGGAUUUCCGCAUGAGCCUGGUGAUGGUCUGCUACAACCCUGACUUUGAGAAGCUCAAGCCGGGCUACCUGGAGCAGCUGCCGGGGAAGCUGAAGCUCUUCUCCAACUUCUUGGGGGACAGAAAGUGGUUUGCGGGGGAGAAGGCCCUGGAGAAGGUGGCAGCCUACAUGAAGUCCAGCCGCUUCUUGAAGAUGCCCAUCAACAACAAGAUGGCCAAGUGGGGCAACAAGAAGGAGUAGGGGCCCAGCGUGGGGCGAGGGGAGCUGGGGGGGGGGUGUCCUGACCUGACCCCCCCCCAGCAGCCUCCAUCGUGGGGUGGGGUGGGUACCGCUGGCGUGAAGCCCCCCAACACAAUAAAGUGCUUUA